AUGGAGCUAUUCCUGGACCGGUAUACAAACAUUGAUGACAGCGGCAAGCCCAAAAAUAGUGCUGCUGGGAAUUGGACGAGGGCUGCCGAGGACACGGCACUAUUUUUUAUGAAAGGACCGUGGCUUGGUCGAAACCUUCAUUCAUGGGCUAGGGCUUAUAUCAACGACCGAGCAAACUUUCCGACUCACAAGUUUGGCUUGAAUGUAUCACGUAUCGAGGAUGAGGCACUUGCAGCAGACAUCAAAACCCAUCUGCAAAGCCUUGGCAAAUACAUACGUGCUGAAGACAUUGCCAAUUACCUCAAGGAUCCAGAAGUCCAGAAGCGUCAUGGCUUCUCAAAGUCAAUUUCACCUGCUACAGCAAAAUGCUGGAUGAAGAAGCUUGGUUUCCACUGGAAGACAGAGGGAAAGGGCAUGUACUUGGAUGGGCAUGAACGGGGAGAUAUAGUCGAGUAUCGACAGAAUAUUUUCUUGCCGGUGUGGGCAAGCUUUCAAUCUCACAUGCGGGUGUGGAAGCAUGGAGAUGUGUUGGUUGAGGAUGUCACCUCACAGUCACCUGGUCGGCGUGUCGUAGUCUGGUUUCACAAUGAAUCAACAUUCUAUGCCAAUGAUCGGCGAAAGUUGAUCUGGGAGCACAAGUCGAAAGGGGCUGUCCCACAGCCAAAAGGGGAAGGCUCUUCAUUGAUGGUUGCCGACUUCGUGUCAGCUGAUUACAGGUGGCUUUGA